CUAAUAAUAAUUUUAUUUUUCCUGUCAAUCUACACUUCUACUAUAAUAAUUGAAGAUUUCCCAUUAAAUGAUAUUUUCCAUCCCACAACACUACGCGUUUGUUUUUCGGGUUGGUAUAUAAAGCAGCGCACAGAGCGUCGUCACAGUUAAGUAUGUACAGAUUUUGUGCUCGCAGUCUGUACAAACAGUCUGUGUAGUACAUACGUACAUACAUACAUAGCUGGAUAGAUAAAGACAACUUAAUACAUAACAGGUACAUAUAUAGAUACAAUGCUGAUGUCUGCACCAACAACGAGAAUGGCCUGCGCAAAACAAAUUCAUUUUAAAAUGAUUUUUUCAUUUUCAUUGUUUGUGCCAACGCGUAUGGCGUAUGUGCUAACCUAACUUGAAUAAAUUGUGUUGUUUUCAUUUCCCGCGCACUGUGUUGAAAUAAAAAUGAAUAAAAAUAAUAAUAAUGAGAGAAGAUUCUGGACAGAAUUUCUAGAAAUUUAUAAAAAUUUACCUGCUUUGUGGUGCAUUAGGAGUUCGGACUAUUCCAAUCGUGGACUUAAAGCAGAAGCAUAUGAAAUAUUGGUAAACAAACUUCGAGAAAUUGACCCUAACGCCGACCGUGAUUGCGUUGUGAGGAAAAUUAAUAACUUCAGAAGCAGCUAUCGACGAGACAUGAAUAAAAAAAGGAAGAGGGAAGAAUCUGAAGGAAAAGAUUGUUUUGUAUCAUCGCUUUGGUAUUUUGAUUUGCUUCAUUUUCUUCAUGAUCAGAAAGAUGCGUUCGAAGAUUUGCCGAGCUCUACAAUGUCUACUUCUACGUCAGUGAUGAAUGAAAAUGAAAAUUACAAUCAAGAAGGGAGUUUUCAACACUAUCCCAAGGGAAGGUCAUCCAAAAGAAAGUGGUCUGUUAAGGAGGAGCAGCAGGAAGAGGAGCAAGAAACAGAGGCUGAAGAUCUACCACCAGAAGUAAUUUGGAAUUACUUCAAGGAAAGCAAUAACGAUGCUGCAAUUCUGGCAAAAGCAUGGGAAACACAAUAUUCAGAACUUUCUAGUCAACAGAAAGUUUUUGUUAGAAAACUUUUUUCAGAUGUUCUCUUUACUGGAUGCUUAGGCAAGCUUAAUGAACAAGUUGUAGUCUCAGUUCACAGGUUGCUAGAAUCGACGUGCGCUUCUGAAAUUCUUCCUACAUCUGAUCCAUAACAUAUUGUUUUGUAUUGAUAAUUAAGAAACUUAUUUAUAAAAGUUUUUUAAAUGGGCAUACGCAUAUGUGAAAACCUACACAAAAAACGUUCUUAAAUUAAGUUAUUGACUUGUAAAAUAAAUUAAGUAAUCCCAUAUUAUUAAUUAUUAUUAUAAAA